UCCGCAGGAUCAGAUCCGAGCGGAAGACUCCGACAGGAGACCCGGAGAGGAGGCGUUCUGCGGCGGAUCCGAGCGGCUGUGUGUCCGGGGUCCGCGGGUCUGGAGCGCGGGGGAUCGGACUUGUUGCUGCCGGAGGACAUGAACGCGCUGGGGAGGGAUAAUACAACAGAAAGCACACCGGGACCCGGACUUUAACGGAUUCUGGGAGGAUCUGACCCUUUAGAAGACUUUCUAACUGACGGCGGAGUGACUGGGUUUUACGCACAUUGUUCCCCGGAUCCAUUUCUUUGGUUUCUGGAGUAACUCGGCUCCCUGAAUGAAGGAUUUAUGUCAAACAUGUAAAAAAAAAUAAAAACAACAAAAGCUACGAAACUAAAUGAACUCAACACGUGCAAAAGGGAAUAUAAAUAUCUAAUCAUUUUCAUUAAUAACCGUCAGAUUUUCCUUUUGCUCCAUAUAGUCUCAUAUCGUUCUGCCAGACGGACUCGUGGAUCUGCCCCUCAAGAGCCCCCGUACCAGCGACCAGUGACGGAUCUUUAGGAGGGAACUGAAGCGUUUCCGCGUGGAGGAUGUGGACUCAUGAGGACUGAUGUCUCUCCGCGUCUUUACGCAGCGAAGUCGUGCGUAAAGUCCUCUAGGCUUCCAGGAGAACGCCAGGACUGAGACCGUGUCCGUGCUGCUGUCUCCGGCUGGGUGUCUCUUAGAGAGCCCGUGGCGAUCCGAGGACAACUGGGUUCGGAGCUCAGUCAGGUCGGUACCCCCCCCCCCCCCCCUUUAUAAUGCACCAGGUCUAUGUUUACCGUCACAACGGGUUAAAAAACACAGAUUACAAAAUCCAUUUCUGAUCUCCGACCAAUCAGAACACAGCUCCAUGGUAAUUGGAUGUUAACCCAGCUGCACUUGUGAACAUCAUGCAAACAGGAAGUGGAGUCUCUUAAAAUACUUAAAAAAAACAACAACAUUACAUUCUGGACAGAAUCCCAAAGCCUGAUACGCGACAGAUUUCCCUCCCAGGGGUAUCUGGGACCUUUAAACCUUUUCUACCGUGACCCUGAGACACUUCUGAAGAUCAAGCAAACAGGAAGUGGAGCUCCUUAAAAUACUUAAAAACAACAUUUCCUGGACAGAAACCCCUCUCAGGGAUCCUUUGGACCUGUAAAGUCUUCCCAGGGACCCAGCCCUGCUCGUGGGCCGCCAUGGCGGGGGGGGUGGCGGCGUGGCUGCCUUUCGCCCGCGCGGCGGCCAUCGGCUGGAUGCCGGUGGCCGCCGCGCCGAUGCCGGUGCCGCCGAAGGAGCCGCGGCGCCCGCAGCCCGCCGGGCUCGUCGUGCUCAACGUCAGCGGGACCCGGUUCCAGACCUGGAUCGCCACGCUGGAGAAGUUCCCCGACACGCUGCUCGGCAGCACGGAGCGCGACUUCUUCUACCACGCCGACGCCAACGAAUACUUCUUCGACCGCGACCCCGACAUUUUCCGCCACAUCCUCAACUUCUACCGCACGGGGCGGCUGCACUACCCGCGCCAGGAGUGCAUCUCGGCGUACGACGAGGAGCUGGCGUUCUUCGGCAUCGUCCCCGAGAUCAUCGGCGACUGCUGCUACGAGGAGUACAAGGACCGGCGCCGCGAGAACCAGGAGCGUAUCCAGGACGACGAGGACGCCGACCCGGCCAACGAUGUGGUGGCGGCGGAUCUGAGCUUCCGGGAGACGAUGUGGCGCGCCUUCGAGAACCCGCACACCUCCACCAUGGCGCUGGUCUUCUACUACGUCACCGGCUUCUUCAUCGCCGUGUCGGUGCUGGCCAACGUGGUGGAGACGGUGCCGUGCGGGGGGGGCGGCCGCGGCCCGCCGGUGCCGUGCGGAGAGCGUUACGCGCUGGCGUUCUUCUGCCUGGACACGGCGUGCGUGCUGAUCUUCACGGUGGAGUACCUGCUGCGCCUGAUGGUGGCGCCGAGCCGGUGCCGCUUCGUGAAGAGCGUGAUGUCGGUGAUCGACGUGGUGGCCAUCAUGCCGUACUACAUCGGCCUGGUGAUGACGGACAACGAGGACGUGAGCGGCGCCUUUGUGACGCUCCGCGUCUUCCGGGUCUUUCGGAUCUUCAAGUUCUCGCGGCACUCGGCGGGUCUGCGGAUCCUGGGCUACACGCUGAAGAGCUGCGCCUCGGAGCUGGGCUUCCUGCUCUUCUCCCUCACCAUGGCCAUCAUCAUCUUCGCCACCGUCAUGUUCUACGCCGAGAAGGGCUCCAGCGCCAGCAAGUUCACCAGCAUCCCCGCCGCCUUCUGGUACACCAUCGUCACCAUGACAACACUUGGGUGAGUCA